AUGUCGUCGACGUCAAAAGACCCGAGCGCUCGACUCAAUGGCAUUUUCCAAGACGCGUCCGGCUCGGGUGGAGGCAACGAUGCACUGCGGUACACAGCACCUCGAGAGCCUUCCCAGCACCACCACCAGCAGCAACAGCAGCAGCAGCAACAAGCCGCUGCACCAGCCGCCGCUUCGACCGCUUCCUCGGUCGUGUACUCGACAAUGGUCUCGCUCUAUCAAUACAACACGACGACACGCACGUACGUCCAGCAAGGAGGGGCGACCGCUAACACAAAAGCCGCUGUUGGCUGUGUCAUUGUAGGCAGCAACACCUCGUACAAUCUGCUGUUUUAUAACGCCGGGAAGCAGCACUUGUGUGCCGUUCCCCUCACGCUCGCGACGUUUCAGCCGACGUUGCAAGCCAAGAGCUACGUGAACUUUUACGACGAGAAAGCGGUGAAUUGGUCCGUUAAGUUUGCAAGCGAUGACCAAGUGGCGGCGUUCAUGCGUCAGGUUUUCCUUGCCAAGAUUCACGUGGAGAUCUGGGGCACGGACAAGACCGUGACCAAGACGAACCCGAGGGCACUGAUUCCAGAUGAUUUGGUGUUUGUCACGCCCGAAGCUCAACCAGUGAGCAACGGGGACACUGUUGCUGUCGCGUUUCGGGCGUGGCGAGUGGUGGGGAAUGCCAGCUCGGCGCCAGGGGAUGUCGUCACGAAGUACGCACCUUUUGAAAAAGCAGGCGAGCACGAGUUGCGCAAAAUUCGACUUGGAGACAGCAACGAACGGAUCAAAGCGUUGGAAGAGAGCAUUGUGGGUAUGAAAAAGGGCGGCAAGCGGAUGGUGUUGGUCCCACCGGGGAGAACAAACGGACAGGAUUGGUAUCUGCUCGAGAUUGAGCUGGUGAAAACCAAGACAGGACAUAGUGCUACUCAAAAGAAAGCUGUAUCGGCGGGUGACACCAGCGUUGCAACUGACGAUGCACCGGAUGUAUCUUCGGGUCGAAAGGCUCCACGACGACGUUCCAGUCCAAGCUCUGCCAGUAAAACUGCUGCUGCUGCAGCGACGUCGACGAGUCCAAACUUGACACGUCAUCCACAUGGUCGAAAUGAUAAUGCGGGAAAUGGCGACCUUGUGCCGUAUGAUGAAGACAGCACCGCUGCUAAACGCGAUAUGGAGCUCAAGGAGCUUCGUUUGCUUCAACGCGAGCAACAGUUGGAGCUACAGAUGCGAGCGCUCGAACGUGAUCGGAUGGGUGCUGCUGGAGGUAGCAGUGGCUUCGGAUCCAUGGGCUACGGUUUGGGUGGCGGUUUUCAAAGCAACUUUUUAGGCUCUUCUACACUAUUUGAUGGUAACCCGCGGGGUGGGAUGCGCCCCGUCGACACGGCGCUAUCGGAACUAAACGCCAAAGUGGACUACCUCAUUCGCAUGGCACCAGGCACGUCAUCUAACGCAGGGUAUGGUGUAGGUGCAGGUCCGAGUGAUGUUGCCGCGGUGCUUCGUGGUGUGGAGAGACUAGCUGGCGAAAACGAUCGACUCUUGACUCAGAUUAAUUCGCAACACCAGCAGCAGUCAUCGUACGAGAAGCGUUGUGAGGAGCUUCUGGAGCAAAAUCGGCGUCUUCAAGAAGAGAAGCGUAUGCUGCAGGAUCGUUUUCAAUCUGCUGCAAGCUCGCAGCUGAAUGCCACUUCCGAGCUCGCAUCUCUUGCUAGUGCACGGGAUGCUGCAGUUACGCAGACGAGCCGUUUGCAUGCUGAGUAUCAGCAGUUAUUGGCGGCUUACUAUCAGCUCCAGCAGCGACAAGGGUCCAGCAACGAGACUGAGGAACAUAAGCAAGCUUUGAGUUUUGAACGCGAAGCCCGCUCGCGAGUUGAAAAGGAGCUAGCCAAGGAAACACAGGCCCGAUCGUUGGCAGAGCAGGAGCUAGCACUCGCGAAGAAGCAGCACGAUGUGACUUUGCAAGUGAAAGCUUCAGAGCUGUCCACUGCGACUGGUCAACUCGAGCAGCAGGUACGCUCGCUUCAGGCGCAACUGCAGAAAGCAAAUGACGACAUGGUGCGACUGCGAGCUUAUGCGGAGGAGCAGACGCAACAUUUGGCAGCACAGAGCGAAACAAAGGAACGAGACACGAAAGAGCAGUUGGAAAAGGCCGUGCUGCAGGUUGCUCAGCUGCAGCAAGAAAACAGCGUCAUGCUUGGUAGGAUGGACAUAUCGUCAGCACGCAUAGAUGAGCUGGAGACGGAACUAGCGUCCAAGGUCGCACCUUCAGAUGAGAACGUCACGGCAGAUGGCGUCCUGGCGGCUGAAGAGAAGCGCCUUUUUGUUGAGCAGAUCGAACUGUUGCACCAACGGAUUCGAGAUCUGGAGCAGGAGAAGUUUGAGCAAAUGCAGGAGGCAUUGUCAUCCGGGCGCUUAUCAGCUUCUGGCUCUAGCUAUCAAGGACUUCGUAAGGGUGUUGAAGGCGAGUGCGAGAAUUGGGAGGCUGUGAAGGAGCGCGAGCAGGCAGCAGAGCGUGCUUUAGCCACUGCGGAGGCGAUCAAGUGCGAGGCGCGAGAAAUGCUAGCUGUGGCCGCGCAUACUGGUGGAAUUGCAGAGGAGCGUGAGAAAUUGAUGGCUCUCUUCAAAGAGUCUGUGAACGAAAUGUUUUUCCGAUUCCAGGAUUUGUUCGAAGAGGAGACAGCUGUGGAUGGCAAACAAGUGCUCACGGCCAUUCGAAAGGUGCUGAAGUCUAGCACGAAGAGCAUCAUGCAGCAACUGCUAGAACCUCCCCGUCUGCAGAUUGACGUCAAGAACGACGGCAACAUGAGCGAUGGUCCGCCAGCACCUCCACAGCAGAACACCGGCACCUUGGGCACUGGCGCAGCUACCGAUGGAUUUGUCGAGACUAGUGAUGAAUUUGUCGAGACUGCUGAUGCAGAUGAGGUCGUUUUGGCUUCUACUGAGGACGAAUCGCUUGAUGUCGCCGAGAGGAAGUCGUCUGUCACCGCCACUGCUGAUGCUGAUGCAGAUGCCGAGGUGCCACGCACGUCCGGACCUGAAGCGAAAACAGACACGGUCGAUGGCACACCAGCCGUUCUGUCCCCUGACGCUGCUCCUGCGGGGCCGUAA